UGGGCGGAGCUAAUAGAGUGACGGGCGUACAAGCCAAUGCACGUCAGAGUGGGCGGAGGUAACUGAGUGACGGGUGCCGCAGCCAAUAGACGAGAGAGUGAGCGGAGCUAACAGUGACGGUCCUGGCAGCAAAUAGCCGAUAUAGUGGGCGGAGCUAACUGAGUGACGGGCGCCUCAGCCUAUGGGCGGGACCGUGCGUGAUGCUGGGAGAGUGGGCGGGGCUCAGGGCAGCUGAGUGACACUGGCAGCUGUAGCGCCACGUGCAUUCCCCUCCGCUGUUCCUUCCCAUAAUCCACUGCGCUGCAUCCCGCCCACUAUCUGCUAGCAAGCCUCGUUCCUGUGUGUAACCCCGCCCACCCAGCUCUCUGCUGUCGCUCUCAUUCCCAAGGCAUUCCAGCUGUGAGGAGCCAGAGUCUCUAACUGAUUCCCAGAGGAUGGAAAAGGACAGGGGUCACAGGACUGAAAGGAUAAUUAAUAUCACCCUGGAGAUCAUCUACCUGCUGACUGGGGAGAGGUGUGAAGAAGACAUCUGGUGAGUGUGAGACACCCAGCAGCCAUCCUCGUGUGUCAGGAGGACUGAGCAGGUCCCAGAAGCCCCAUCACGGUGCCUCCACCUCACUCACUGAUACAUGAGAGACACAGUGACCAGAAGUUCCAGAGACAAGAUCAUUCAGCUGCUGACUGGAGAGGAGGGGGAGUAUAUAGAGGAACACAGAGGUUUGUACAAGGAUGUGAUGAUGGAGAAUCACAGGCCCCUCACAUCGCUGGGUAAGAGGAGACUGUCAUGUAUUGUACAGGGGAGAGCAGAUGGACCCAGUAACAGAGAUACCCCAGAGAGAUGUCCCCAUCCUCUGUAUUCCCAGGAUUGUACAGAGGAGAAUCACAGGAUCCAACAGGAGGAUUGGGUAGAACGUCUGUCUAAUAUUAAAACAGAAGAUAUAGAGGGAGAAGAAGAGACGUAUGUGACUGAUAUAAAGGCAGAAGAUAUAGAGGGAGAAGAAGAGACGUAUGUGACUGAUAUAAAGGCAGAAGAAGAGACGUAUGUGUCUGAUAUAAAGGCAGAAGAUACAGAGGGAGAAGAAGAGACGUAUGUGACUGAUAUAAAGGCAGAAGAUAUAGAGGAAGAAGAAGAGACGUAUGUGACUGAUAUAAAGGCAGAAGAUAUAGAGGAAGAAGAAGAGACGUAUGUGACUGAUAUAAAGGCAGAAGAUAUAGAGGGAGAAGAAGAGACGUAUGUGACUGAUAUAAAGGCAGAAGAUAUAGAGGGAGAAGAAGAGACGUAUGUGAGGGGUGAUCAGCAGUGUAAGGAGGAGGUGAUCGCUACAGAUAUCAGCACAGCAGAUGGACACACAAGCAGGAAUAUCUCAGAAGGACAUCUAAUGUUAUCCCCGGAUUGUGACAUAAAUGAUAAUGACAGUAGACAUGAUUCUUCAGGAGAUAACCACAUUACCCCAAUUAUGCAUCCAGCUCUAUCAGCUGAUCCCUCUGAUCCUGGGAAAUAUUCUCCUGAUCACUCUGAUAUUGGUGCAUCUGUUACAGCUCUGAGAGUAGAUACAGUGUUUCCCUGUUCUAUAGAUGCCAAAUGUUUUACACAGAACACAAAGCUUAUUACCCAUCAGACAGCUAAGGCAGGUGAGAAUCCAUUCCUAUGUUCUGAGUGUGGGAAAUGUUUUGCAUGCAAAUCAGAUCUUUUUAUACAUCACAGAAGUCACACAGUUGAGAAGCCAUUUCCAUGUUCUGAGUGUGGGAAAUGUUUUGCAUACAAAUCAUAUCUUGUUAAACAUCACAAAAGUCACACAGGUGAGAAGCCAUUUCCAUGUUCUGAGUGUGGGAAAUGUUUUACCCAGAAAUCAUAUCUUGUUACACAUCAGAGAAGUCACACAGGUGAGAAGCCAUUUCCAUGUUCUGAUUGUGGGAAAUGUUUUGCACACAAAUCAGAUCUUGUUAUACAUCAGAGACGUCACACAGGUGAGAAGCCAUUUCCAUGUUCUGAGUGUGGGAAAUGUUUUACACACAAAUCGGAUAUAGUUAAACAUCACAAAAGUCACACAGGUGAGAAGCCAUUUCCAUGUUCUGAGUGUGGGAAAUGUUUUACCCAGAAAUCAUAUCUUGUUAUACAUCAGAGAAGUCACACAGGUGAGAAGCCAUUUCCAUGUUCUGAUUGUGGGAAAUGUUUUGCAUACAAAUCAGAUCUUGUUAUACAUCGGAGAUGUCACACAGGUGAGAAGCCAUUUCCAUGUUCUGAGUGUGGGAAAUGUUUUGCACACAAAUCAGAUCUUGUUAUACAUCGGAGAAGUCACACAGGUGAGAAGCCAUUUCCUUGUUUUGAGUGUGGGAAAUGUUUUGUACAGAAAUCACAUCUUGUUAGACAUCAGAGAAGUCACACAGGUGAGAAGCCAUUUCCAUGUUCUGAUUGUGGGAAAUGUUUUACCCAGAAAUCAAAUCUUGUUAGACAUAACAGAAGUCACAGGUGAGAAGCUAUUUUUUUGCUCUGAGUGGGAAAUGUUUUAUACGGAUAUCACAACUUGUUACACAUCAGCGAAGUCACAGAGGUGAGAGGCCAUUUCCAUACUCUAAGAAAUCAGCUCUUGUUGCACACAAUAGACAUCACUCGGGUGAGGAACCAAUUUAAUCUUCUGGAGUAUACUUAUCAUUGCCAUACAUUGUUCUUCAAGGUGCUUAUCCUAUUUCCUAUGCUUUUUGCAUUAUACAUGCUACCGCAGGGUGAAAUAAUCAGAUGUCAUGUCCUCAUCUACCACUGCUAUGCAGAUAACCUGUCUUUUGCUCCGGUUACUGAGAUCCCAGUACCAAUCCUAAAUGGUUGUCUAGCUGAGCUCCAGGUGUGUUUGAUGCCAGUUGGCUGUGACUCAGUCCUGGUGAAACAGGUCCUUAUGAUGGAAGCUCACCAACAAAGGGCAGGGCUACAGCUCAGCUUUACUACCAACCAGACUUACACUUGGGCGUUCAGAGUUACAAAAUGCUGAUCAUGUGCGGAAUCUUGGUGUCCUGCAUGGUGGCGUGACACUUAGACAUCAGGUAUCGGCCACAUUCAGAUCCUCAUCUGAGGAACAUAGCCAGAUUCCAGCACUUAUUUCCCUCAGAAGAUCUACCUACAGUUAUUCAUACACUUGUAUCAUCUCAUAUAGACUACUGCAACGACCUCUACCUGGGUCUCCCAGCAACAUACACUGCUCAAAAAAAUAAAGGGAACACUUAAACAACACAAUGUAACUCCAAGUCAAUCACACUUCUGUGAAAUCAAACUGUCCACUUAGGAAGCAACACUGAUUGAUAAUCAAUUUCACAUGCUGUUGUGCAAAUGGAAUAGACAACAGGUGGAAAUUAUAGGCAAUUAGUAAGACACCCCCAAUAAAGGAGUUCUGUAGGUGGUAACCACAGACCACUUCUCAGCUCCUAUGCUUUCUGGCUGAUGUUUUGGUCUCUUUUGAAAGCUGGCGGUGCUUUCAUUCUAGUGGUAGCAUAAGACGGAGUCUACAACCCACACAAGUGGCUCAGGUAGUGCAGCUCAUCCAGGAUGGCACAUCAAUGCGAGCUGUGCCAAGAAGGUUGCUGUGUCUGUCAGCGUAGUGUCCAGAGCAUGGAGGCGCUACCAGGAGACAGGCCAGUACAUCAGGAGACGUGGAGGAGGCCGUAGGAGGGCAACAAGCCAGCAGCAGGACCGCUACCUCUGCCUUUGUGCAAGGAGGAACAUGAGGAGCACUGCCAGAGCCCUGCAAAAUGACCUCCAGCAAGCUACAAAUGUGCAUGUCUACUCAAACGAUCAGAAACAGACUCCAUGAGGGCCCAACGUCCACAGGUGGUCGUUGUGCUUACAGCCCAACACCGUGCAGGACGUUUGGCAUUUGCCAGAGAACACCAAGAUUGGCAAAUUCGCCACUGGUGCCCUGUGCUCUUCACAGAUGAAAUCAGGUUCUCACUGAUCACAUGUGACAGAGUCUGGAGACGCCAAGGAGAAUGUUCUGCCCAAACAUACUCCAGCAUGACCGGUUUGGCAGUGGGUCAGUAAUGGUGUGGGGUGGCAUUUCUUUGGGGGGCCGCACAGCCCUCCAUGUGCUCGCCAGAGGUAGCCUGACUGCCAUUAUGUACCAAAAUGAGAUCCUCAGACCCCUUGUGAGACCAUAUGCUGGUGCGGUUGGCCCUGGGUUCCUCCUAAUGCAAGACAAUGCUAGACCUCAUGUGGCUGGAGUGUGUCAGCAGUUCCUGCAAGAUGAAGGCAUUGAUGCUAUGGACUGGCCCGCCCGUUUCCCAGACCUGAAUCCAAUUGAGCACAUCUGGGACAUCAUGUCUCGCUCCAUCCACCAACGCCACGUUGUACCACAGGCUGUCCAGGAGUUGGCGGAUGCUUUAGUCCAGGUCUGGGAGGAGAUCCCUCAGGAGACCAUCCGCCACCUCAUCAGGAGCAUGCCCAGGCGUUGUAGGGAGGUCAUACAGGCACGUGGAGGCCACACACACUACUGAGCCUCAUUUUGACUUGUUUUAAGGACAUUACAUCAAAGUUGGAUCAGCCUGUAGUGUGUUUUUCCACUUUAAUUUUGAGUGUGACUCCAAAUCCAGACCUCUAUGGGUUAAUAAAUUUGAUUUCCAUUGAUAAUUUUUGUGAUUUUGUUGUCAGCACAUUCAACUAUGUAAAGAACAAAGUAUUUAAAAAUAAUAUUUCAUUCAUUCAGAUCUAGGAUGUGUUAUUUUAGUGUUCCCUUUAUUUUUUUGAGCAGUGUAAUUGCACCGUUUGUAGCUUGUACAGAAUGCAGCAGCCAGGCUGUUACCUAACCAGCGCUUUCCUACCAAUGAAACACCCAUUCACUGCUCCCUGCACUGGCUGCCUGUAAGAUGGUGACUAUUACAUAAUCUUACUGACUCUCCCAGCCCUACAUGACCAGGGUCCAUGGUACCAGAAGCAGCUUCUGCCUCCUUACUGCCCAGCUUUCUUACUUCCACCUGCAGAUGAAGGACUGUUACCAGCAGUAUCAAGAGUCCUCAUGCUGUGAGACAGGGUGGGGAGUGGGGGCUGCCGGAGGCACUGUGUGUGGGUAAUAUUGUCCCCAAGCAGCACUGAGGGGGCAGAGGGGAAGACGGUGGGUGGCAGUAGAGGGGGGACAGGGUGAGUAGCAGUAGUGGAAGGAGACAGCGGUGGCAGUAGUGGGGGAGACAGGGUGAGUGGCAGUAGUGGAGGGAGACAGGGCAGGUGGCAGUAUUGGGGACAGGGUGGGUGACAGUAGU